AUGGCGCCUUCUGGAUUGUUGGUUGAGAAAACAGAGGAAGAGUGGAGGACGAUUCUUUCUCCUGAGCAGUUUAGGAUUCUCCGUCAAAAAGGCACUGAAAAGCCAGGAACUGGAGAAUAUGAUAAGUUUUUCAAGGAAGGAGUUUUCAGCUGCGUAGGAUGCAAAACUCCUCUUUAUAAAUCCACCACAAAGUUCGAUUCUGGAUGCGGUUGGCCAGCUUUCUUCGAAGGACUUCCCGGUGCUAUAAAACGAACGCCUGAUCCAGAUGGUAGAAGAACUGAGAUCACUUGUGUAGCGUGUGACGGACAUUUAGGCCAUGUUUUCAAAGGAGAAGGUUAUGGUACUCCAAAUGAUGAACGACAUUGCGUUAACAGUGUUUCAAUUAAUUUCAACCCGGCAAAAGCUUGA